UGGUGUGUGUACCGUGAGCAGGUUUGUUUUCUUCAUUGGUGAUGUCGUGUUUCUGCUGGUCCGUGUCACUGGUGUCUGUGGUUUUGUGGUUGAGUUUGUUGAGGACAGCAGUCGGUGGAUCUCAUCGUCUGUGGCUUCAGACGCUCAAUGACACUCACGUUCACUUUCAGUUCCCCAGAGGUUUUCUUUGGGGCGUGGGAUCUUCUGCAUUCCCGACCGAAGGAUCCUGGGAUGCGGACGGGAAGGGAGAGUCCGUGUGGGAUCGCUUUACUCACGGUUCCCGCACGAGCAUGGACACGGCAGACGUGGCCAGUGACAGUUACGUUCUGUGGGACGAGGAUGUUCAAGCGCUUCAGUAUCUGGGUGUGAAGUUCUACGCUUUUUCUCUGUCGUGGCCACGGCUCUUUCCAGAUGGCAAUGCGACAUCAGAACCCAACCGGGCUGGAGUGGCACAUUACCGGCGUUUGAUCAGAAUGUUAAAGGAUGUUGACGUGGAGCCCGUGGUGACUCUUCAUCACUGGGAUUUACCGCAGACGCUGCAGGAGCGGUUCGGAGGCUGGCUGAAUCCAAACCUGGUGGAUGUUUUUGCAGAUUACGCCCGGUUUUGUUUUCAAACGUUUGGUGGAGACGUUCGGUACUGGCUCACGAUACACAACCCGUUUCUGCUGGCCGUUCAGGGUUACGGUACAGGAGCUCACGCUCCGGGGGUGAGAGGAGAGAGACAGCAUCCCUUCAUCGCCGCGCACAACAUCAUCAGGGCACACGCUAAAGCGUGGCACAUUUAUGACAAACACUUCAGAUGCCAUCAGCGCGGUCGAGUCUCCAUCACGCUGGGAUCUCAUUGGGUGGAGCCUCUUCACGGUCAGACCACAUCAGCCAAUUUGGAGCUCUGUCAGAAAUCCAUGGAGGCUGUGAUGGGCUGGUUCGCAGAGCCCAUCCAUGGAAGCGGAGAUUAUCCUGCAUCCCUGAAAGCGUCCAACCGCGGCGUUCUGCCAGAGUUCAGUCCGCAGGAGAAGAUGUGGAUCAGAGGAAGUGCAGAUUUCUUCUCUUUAGCUUUUGAUUCCGAGACUCUGAGAGUGGUGCGAGGUCUGGCUCGGUUCGGACAGAUGGUGACUCUGGACCUGAGGAAAGUUCUGCUGUGGGUUCAGCAGGAGUACAGAGAUCCAGACGUUCUGCUGCCUGACAGCGGAUGGUUCUCUGAUCAAAGUGUGGGAGUCGAGGACACCGUGGCCAUUUACCUGCUCAAGAGAUUCAUCAAACAACUCCUCCACGCUGUUUCUACAGACGGUGUGAAAGUGUUGGGAUACUCCGCCUGGAGUCUGUUGGAUGGAUUUGAAUGGAAUCACGGUUACGGCAUGCGCAGAGGUUUGUUCUACAUCGACUUCUCGCGACGGCAGCGACACAGAAUCCCAAAGACCAGCGCUCACUUCUACAGGCAGAUCGUCAACGACAACGCUUUCCCCGACAACCACACGCAACAUAUGAUCCACGCACACUUCCCGUGUGACUUUCAGUUCGGUGUGUCUGACUCUACACUGCAGGUUCACUUGCGUCCGUUCUCGCCGCAGUUCACCGAUCCUCACGUGUACCGCUGGAAUUAUUCUGGUGACGGAUCUCUCAGACCUGUAGCCGGUGUGGUUCUUCACACUCGAGGAUCUCAGUGUACGGACUUUCUGUUCAUUCAGCGUCACCUGCUCCUCGUGGAGGCCGUGGGGGCGUCACACUACCGGUUCGCUCUGGACUGGUCUGAGCUGGUGCCCAGCGGUGACGUGUCGUCCGUGGACGGUGAGAAGCUGAGGUUCUACAGGUGUGUGUUGAGCGAGGUCAGGAGGAGAGGAAUUCAAGCGGUCGUGACGCUGUAUCACCCAAGUUACAGGUCACCGUCUCUGGGUCUGCCCGCGCCUCUGCAUGCCAACAGCGGCUGGAGAAACUACAGCACCGUCGAAGCCUUCGUCAAGUACGCCACUCUCUGUUUCCAUGAGUUUGGGGCACUAGUGCCGGUCUGGAUCACCAUUAACGAACCCAACCGUCUGACGGAGAUGUACGGCGGAAGCGCUGAAGGCAGAUGGACGGUGGCGCGACACACGUUACUGGCUCACGCCAAGGCCUGGCACGUUUACCGCGUGCAGUUUCGCCAGCGACAUGGAGCCAACGUUAGCCUUGCGCUUCACGCCGAUUGGGUGGAACCGGCCAAUCCGUUCCUGGAAUCUCACAAAGUGGCCGCCCGUCACUUUCUGUGGUUCGAACUGGGACAUUUUCUCGAUCCUCUGAUUGGCGGAGGAGAUCCUGAUGCGCAUAACAGCCGCGACGUCGGAUCUUCUCUGAUUAGCUUUACGGAUGAUGAGAAGGCGGAGCUUAGAGCGUCUCUGGAUUUCAUCGCUCUGAAUCACUUCACAACACGUUUAGUGUCACCGCAGAAAUCGCAGGAACGCGAUUGCUCUCUGAUGACUGACCUCACCUGGACGUCCUCACCGAUGGGACAGGCCGUCGUACCCUGGGGUGUCCGCAGGAUGCUGAGCUGGAUGAAGAGUCGCUAUGGUAACAGCCUCCCCGUCAUCAUCACAGCGUCAGGGGUGGAUGACCGAGCAGCUGGUGAUGAUCAGCUGAGACAGAGUUAUAUCAGGAAUUACCUGCAGGAGGCGCUCAAAGCUCGUGAGUUGGAUGGUGUGAAUCUGAGAGGGUUUUAUAUUUGGAAACUUCAGGACAGUUAUGAUCUUCAGUUCGGUCUGUUUACUUCUGCCGCUCAUCACUCACGACCCAAAGCUUCUGUUCAUCUUUACCGUGACAUCAUCAGUAGGCGGGGUUUCCCAUCCACCAGUGAUCCCAGACCCCCGUGUCAGCGAACAGACAUCAGCACAAGCUGUCGCUUCUGUGCACACAUGACAGAGAACAAACCUCUGCUGUUCUUCAGUGUGUGUGUCUCCUUCAUCAUCAUCUUCAUCAUCAUCAUCUGUGUGCUGAGGAAGAGAAAGAGGAGACUCACAACUCAACAACUGCAUCAUUAACCCUGUGCGUGCAUGCAUGUGUGUGCUCUUUCAUCUGAUCCUCACAUCUGUUCGUUUUAUCAUUAUUAUUAUUAUUUUUAUCAGAUGUCUCUGUUUAUUGUGGAUUGAUUUUUGAUGAUGAUUAGGGUCUGUGUUGAUGUCUUAUAUUCUGUAAGAUUGACUUGUUGUUCUAAAUAAUAAUAUCAUGUUUGUGUGUUAAACUGUCAUUUGUGUGUAGUAGAGAGAGAAACAGAAUAUUGUGUUAGUGUGUAUUGUGUGUUUUUGUCAUCCUUGGCCUUCUGUUUACUAUAUGUGAAGAUAU